AUGGCCGCUAUCGCCAGCUCCUUGAUCCGUCAGAAACGCCAGGCGAGGGAGUCAAACAGCGACCGAGUCUCCACUACUAAACGCCGUCCCAGCCCCAGCAAAGAUCCUCGUUCCAUAUACGAGCGCCAUUUCUUGGGGGUCUUCAGCAAAGUCCGUUUCUGCAGCGGCAAGAAAAGACCAGCCGCUCGGCGGCGACCAGAUGCAUCCUCCAAACCUCCACAGGUGUCCCGUAAGGGCGGCAGGCUAGAGCCGCAGCUGAAAGGCAUCGUGACACGACUGUUCAGCCAGCAAGGCUUCUACCUGCAGAUGCAGCCGGAUGGCUCUAUCGAUGGCAGCAAGGACGAGAACAGCGACUACACCCUGUUUAAUCUUAUUCCUGUGGGUCUGAGGGUGGUGGCCAUCCAAGGGGUGAAGGCCGGCCUCUACAUCGGCAUGAACGGAGAGGGAUUCCUCUACAGCUCAGAAAUGUUCACGCCGGAGUGCAAGUUUAAGGAGUCGGUGUUUGAGAAUUACUACGUGAUCUACUCGUCCACUGUGUACCGGCAGCAGGAGUCCGGUCGGGCCUGGUUCCUGGGCCUUACCAAGGAAGGCCAGGUCAUGAAGGGGAACAGGGUCAAGAAGACCAAGCCCUCAUCACACUUUGUCCCCAGGCCCAUUGAAGUGUGUAUGUACAGGGAGCCGUCGCUGCAUGAGAUCGAGGAGAAACAGCGCUCCAGGAAGAACUCAGGGACUCCCACCAUGAACGGAGGGAAAGCUGUCAACCAGAAUUCCUAG